GCCUGUGGGAAAUAAGAAAAUAAGACCCGAAAUUAGAACCGGGGAAGCCUUCAGCCUUCCCCGUCUGCAGCCAGCUCAUGUGUCUCAGAUCGGAUGAACCAUAACAUUUUAAAAGAUAGAUUGUCUUAUAACUGGGUCCUUGGCAAAGACCCAUCGUUGAGCGGGGCUCUAGUGCGGGCUGUCCUGCCAAUAAUUUAUAAGCGACAUUUUCAAACUAUGUGAAGAUUUAUUCCUCUGUGAUGGAGAAGUAUGAAAAAAUUGGGAAAAUUGGCGAAGGAUCCUAUGGGGUGGUUUUCAAAUGCAGGAACAGGGACACGGGUCAGAUUGUGGCCAUCAAGAGGUUUCUGGAAUCAGAAGAUGACCCUGUCAUAAAGAAAAUCGCCCUUCGAGAAAUCCGCAUGCUCAAGCAACUCAAGCACCCCAACCUUGUCAACCUUAUUGAAGUCUUCAGGAGGAAGCGGAGGCUUCACCUGGUGUUCGAGUACUGUGCCCACACGGUCCUGCAUGAGCUGGACAGAUACCAGAGAGGGGUACCAGAACAUCUCGUGAAGAGCAUAACUUGGCAGACAUUGCAAGCAGUAAAUUUUUGCCAUAAACACGACUGCAUACAUAGAGACGUGAAGCCAGAAAAUAUCCUCAUCACAAAACAUUCAGUGAUUAAGCUUUGUGACUUUGGGUUUGCUCGGCUUUUGACUGGACCAGAUGCCUACUACACAGACUACGUGGCUACCAGGUGGUACCGCUCCCCAGAGCUUUUGGUGGGGGAUACACAGUAUGGCCCUCCAGUAGAUGUUUGGGCAAUUGGCUGUGUCUUUGCUGAGCUGCUGUCAGGGGUGCCUCUGUGGCCAGGACAGUCAGAUGUGGAUCAGCUCUAUCUGAUUAGGAAAACCUUGGGAGAUCUCAUUCCUAGGCACCAGCAAGUAUUUAGCACAAAUCAGUACUUCAGUGGAGUGAAAAUUCCAGACCCUGAAGAUAUGGAACCACUUGAAUUAAAAUUUCCAAACAUCUCUUAUCCUGCCCUGGGGCUCUUAAAGGGCUGUCUCCACAUGAACCCAGCUGAGAGACUGACGUGUGAACAGCUGCUGAGGCAAACAUAUUUUGACAGCAUCAGAGAAAUAGGGGAUUCACCAAAAGAGCAUGACAGACCAUCGAGGAAGACUCUCAGACAGAGCCGAAAGCACCUGCCUGGGUUGCAGUGCCUACCUCAGCUGACGAGCAGCAGCAUCCUUCCAGCUUUGGAUAAUAAGAAGUACUACUGUAAUAUGAAGAAACUUAACUACCAUUUUCCAAAUAUUUAAGGAGCUUAGAGAUUGAUGAUUAAAAAGGAAUUGAUCCAUAAUUUGAAAAAAUAAAACAUUUGAAAGCAAUCACAGUGUUGAAAAAACAUCAAGAUAGGAAACAAGUGACAAACUGGGGUAGGCCACUUGGCAAGGUAUGAAGGGAAAUUUGGGAGGGAGCAUUCCAUGCUUGACCAUGGUAUCCAGAACAGGAAGGAAAAGCCCACUUGCAUUUUCACUUGUAUUUUUGCGGCAUCUAAGUAUCUGAGCUCAUGGACAGAAUAUAAACUGUGUCUACUGCCCAUACCUCUGGCAAAAUCAGAGAUGUAAAAAAGAUUUAUACUUCAGUCAUACCGCACAGAACAUACCGGACAGAACAAGUGAAAAAUGGAUUACAAACUGCCCUGGUGUAUUUCCUCAGAUCUCUGUUACCUCAAGUCCUAUCUUCUGCCUUUUCAGAUUCUCUCACCAUCAUAUGUAUGGGGUUUUGGUUCUUGAAAUCAGAAUGUUUAAAAUUCCAUUUAUUGCUUGGUUUUUAUAUUUUAAAACAUUUGUUGGAAUAUUUAAGAGUUCAGAAUAUUUAAAAUAUGUGGAUUAAAAGACUAAUUUAUCUGCUUA